ACAUCUCAUCCGCAUUAGAGUUCCGGCUUGUUAAAUUCAAACAAAAAGUCAAUAACGAACAACGACGAGCGUGCACGGGUCAACUUGUUAGCGCCGCCUCUUGACCGUCCUUAGGCCCCAUCACACAGAGGCUUACCCCAGACCACGACAACCACCCCUCCACCCGGACCCACGUUUGUCCACCACCAACUUGACUUCUACAACACCAACCUUUCAUUCAACAGCAUGAAGAUCACCGAAAAGCUCGCAAAGGCCGAGCGCGAGGGACGUCCCUUCUGGAGCUUCGAGUACUUCCCCCCGCGCACCGCCCAGGGCCUCCAGAACCUCUAUGACCGUAUCGAGCGCAUGCGCCUCCUCGGCCCAGAGUUCAUCGACAUCACUUGGGGAGCUGGUGGCAAGAACGCCGACCUCACCUCGUCGCUCGUCCAGGUCUGCCAGGAGUCGAUCGGCAUCGAGACAUGCAUGCACCUGACCUGCACUGAGAUGCCCCAGGAGAAGGUCGAGUGGGCCCUCCAGCAGGCGAAGCAGUUCGGCUGCCAGAACAUCCUCGCGAUGCGCGGUGACCCCCCAGCCGGUGCUUCCAAGUGGGAGCCGACUCCCGGUGGCUUCGCGUACGCCGUCGAUCUCGUUCGAUACAUCCACAAGCACUACCCGGGCGACUUCUGUGUCGCUGUUGCCGGUUUCCCCCAGGGCCACCCCGAGACGCCCGACACCGAGGAGGGCCGCCACCAGGAGAUGCUCUGGCUCAAGGAGAAGGUCGACGCUGGCGCCGACUUCAUCUUCACCCAGAUGUUCUACGACGUCGACAUUUUGUUCGACUGGGUGAAGCGCGUGCGCUCGUAUGGUAUCACGGUCCCCAUUAUCCCUGGUAUCAUGCCCAUUCAGAACUGGGGCAAGUUCCAGACCUGGGUCCAGAGAGAGUCGAUUGUGGUGCCCGACCACUUCUACGAGGCCCUCAACCCCGUUGUCGGCGACGACGAGCAGGUCAGAGCCGUCGGCACCAAGCUUGUCGCCGACAUGUGUCGCAAGAUUCUCGCCAACGAGGAGUGUGGCAUCAAGGGUCUGCACGUCUACACCCUCAACCUUGAGAAGGGCGCGCGCAUGCUCCUCGAGGAGCUCAACUUUGAGAGCCGUCGCGAGCAGGUCGCCCCUCUUCCCUGGCGCCCCUCCCUCACGCCCCACCGUCGCCAGGAGACAAUCCGUCCCAUCUUUUGGGCCAACCGUGUCCAGUCGUACCUUUCGAGGACUGCCGACUGGGACGAGUUCCCGAACGGACGUUGGGGCGACUCGCGCUCGCCUGCCUACGGUGACCUCGACGGUUACCCUGUCCAGCUUGGUAUCACUGCCGAGCAGGCCCAGAAGCUCUGGGGCAACCCCACGACGCUCGACGACAUUGCCGAGCUCUUCGCUGGCUUCUGUCGCGGUACCGUCGAGAAGCUGCCGUGGUCGUCGGCCCCGCCUGCCUCGGAGACUUCGGUCAUCACCGAGCAGUUAGCCCGCAUGAACCAGCGUGGCUUCCUGACCAUCAACUCGCAGCCUGCUGUCGACGGCGCCCGCUCCGACGACAAGGUCCACGGCUGGGGCCCUGCCGGUGGUUACGUCUACCAGAAGGCGUACCUCGAGUUCUUCGUCUCGCCCGAGCUCCUCGAGCCGCUUAUUCGCCGCAUCGAAGGCGACUCGCGCUUCACCUACCACGCCGUCAGCAAGGUCGGAGACCUCCGCACCAACACGCACUCUGAGGGCCCCAAUGCCGUCACCUGGGGUGUCUUCCCUGGCAAGGAGAUUGUCCAGCCGACCAUUGUCGAGACUGUCUCGUUCAUGGCCUGGAAGGACGAGGCGUUCGAGCUCGGCUCGCUGUGGGCCAACCUCUACCCCGAGGGAUCCGAGACGCGCAAGCUCAUCGACAACGUCAUGUCCAACAGCUACCUCGUCAACAUUGUCGCCAACAACUUCAAGGACUCGACGGCAAUCUUUGAGCCCUUCCUUCUCGACCAGCCCGGCACCAACGGCUCGGCCAACGGCGUCGCCAACGGCCACUAAGCCCAUUGCUCCCACGUUGUACAUCUAGUCCUCAACGGACAGGAAGACACACGUUCAACUCGUGGUCCUCCACCUCCGCCAUACCCGGCUCAACCCAUACCUCUCACAUCAUACCCGCGUUUACCGCAUCCCCACAUCAUACCCAGAAAUCCGGCCGUGCCGAGAGCACCGCCACAUACACUGCAAUCACACACAACAUAUUGUCAUGAGGUUCAACUCCUCGCGUAAAGUCAUGAAUGCAUACUCGUCG